AUGUCCAAGUCUUUUGGCCUCUCAUUCACAAAGUCUUCGAAAUCUGCGUAUAAUGAUCAAGGUACGAAACAAGUUGAAACGGGCUCCUUCCCGUCGAUGACAAUGGCCAUCCGAGAUGAGUACUCUGACCUUGAGGAGUCCGACGAUGAGCCGGCCAUUCAGGCUCCUGAGGAGCCUAUUGACUCAAGUGGGAGCCAAUAUAAUAAGUAUGGUAUUGGUGCUAAGCUUCUCAUGAAGAUGGGAUUUAAGGAGGGUCAAGGUUUGGGUGCUAAACAAGAGGGUAUAGUGAAACCAAUUGAAACAAGGCUCCGACCUCGUGGAUUGGGUGUUGGUGGAAUUAAGGAGAAGGCUGGCGAUGAAGUUACUAAGGAGCCCCAAGAUGUCAAGUUUCUCGAUAGGAGCGCAAGGGAGCGUGCACUUGAGGACUUACGUGGAAAGUACUCAUUGGUCAUCGAUAGAUUUCGCUCCAAGGGGAUUGAAUUGAACAGCGUAUUUGAAAGCUACAAAAGGCUUGACCUAACUGAGGAGUGUAUUCACAAAGACGAAAAUACAGAGACUCUACGAAGAGCUUACGAUGAUCUUCUGCUGCUAGACUCUGCUGUGAAGGCACUAGAGUCUACUGUUGCACUAGAGAGUGCGGAGAUAUCGACAAUUGAGUCUAUGGUUCAAGAAUCUUCUCGAAGCAUAAAUGACAAUCAACUUCUCGAAACGAUUCUAGAAGAGUAUGAUCAGCAGCAGACAGAGGACGCAGCAACCCAGACCAUCCGGCAAAUCCUUAAGCUUCCAAGUCGUUCCGAGUUUGUGCUGCCUCACCUAUUUCUUACCAUUGUGCAGCAUCACGUAGGAAGCCAUUUAGAUCCAUUAGAUCAUACACUCAUGCUCUGGUGUCUGCUUGUAAAAGAAGUAACUGCGCAGCUGUCAAUACACAUUGGAGAAUGGGACCUUUUUAUCUAUACUUUGCUCAAACCCACACUUGAGCGCUUGCUCGCCACUGAGCAUUUUGAUGAGUUGCAUUCACUUCUAGAUUCUUGGGAAUCAACACCUGCUGUCAUUAACUCCGGCUUAUUCAAGGAAAAAAUAUUUGACAAUCUCGUACGUCCUUACAUCGAGCAGGAUCUCGCAGACUGGGAUAUUCUUAAUAGUGAAAAUUCUCACUCGCAUUGUAUUGAGCUUUCGUUAAAGCUCGAUCUCAACGCUGAUGUACUCUCUCAGAUUUUCAAACCACUCGCAUCAAGAUUUGAGCUGUUUGCCGACCCUGGUAGUGAACUUUGGAAUGAGCUUAGGAAGAGUGAUAGUAUUCAGUCGUUUUAUAAUGACGGCAUUAAACGUCUUAUUUCCCACUUCCGAGCGUGGUCUGAUGUCUUUGCAUUGUUCACACUGACUACGAAAUUCUAUUCUCGCGUUACUGAUGCCAUAAUUUCAUUCAUUUACGAUGAAUGCUCUCGAGCUGGUUUUGAGGCAAGACGUGACGGUAUAUGGCUUCUCUUGCAAUUGACGUAUAAUAGCAAAGUUUUUAUCGUUGACCAGCUUGAAAUUAUUCUUCUGUUUUGCGUUUUCAACAUUUUGAUGCGAGAUGUAUCCAAGCAUUUGCAAAAAGAUCCAGUCUCAUUGAAGAAUCACGUAUUCGAUUUACAAGAAUGGUUUCACGACAACUGUCACAAGACUCUGAUCUUCGAGCUCGUUCAAUGGUAUUUUAAUGUGUUUAUGGAAAAGAUGAGCGUCUAUAAAAAGACAGGUCGUCUCGCUUUGGGUGGCCUUCCGAGCAUUGAUGAUGACCCUUAUCCUGGAAAAGAAGUAAUUGUACGUCUUGUGAACGGUGAUCAUAUUGAUGCUGCAGACGUUAGAGCGCUUCGACUGUCUCAACUUAUGGCUGUCUUUCGAGAUGUAGUCGCCGAUUUCUGCUUCAAGCACGGUAUCGGAUUCAUCGCCACUGACGAGCUGGAUAAUGCCAUGAACAGGAUCUACCAAUUGACAUUGAGAAACGGCAAAGUGAAGAGAUGUUUCAUUUCUGAUGAUGUACUAUGGGUUGAAUCAGGAACAAGAUUUGAGCCGACGAGUGUUUAUGACAUUAUCGACUUGAGGUAG